GUGUUUAAUAGUCUUGUUUGUGGCAAUAGGUCCAUCUAUCUAAGUGCUAAAAUGUUCUAAGUUAUUAAACAUUGCAAACUCACAUUUUUCAAACUGAGCUCAUGAAUCAAACAAUGUGGAGUUUACCUUGAAGUUAUUAGCUGUUCAUUGAGCAAGAGUGCUUUGGUGAUAGUUCUGGGACAUAAUCUUACGGGGUUUAACAUCAGACUAAACACUUUGGCAGUGGGACUAAAGUUACAGUAACAGGUGAGACAUUUUAUAGUGAAUAUAAUUAAUGUGUAAGAUUUGGCAUUGAAGUGUUGGGAAAACUCCUUCAACAUUAAGUCUGUAACCAGCUGCUGAUCGGAGACUAAACCUAGCGCCUAUCCUAGAUAAUUUUAUUUAUGCACGUGUACGCUGUGUCCUCUACUGCUCAGGCGUAUUUCGGUGACGGAACAAAGUUAACUGUACUUGAUUCUAAUUUGAAAGUCAGUCAACCAGAAAAUAUAACAGUUACUGCGCUCUCUGAAAAGGAGAAAUGUAAGAAGUUCAUCACUCUUGUAUGUGUGGUCAUGAACUUCUACCCAGAUCAUCUGCAAAUAAACUGGAAAAUUGGAGGCAAAAAAGUAGCCGCCGGUGUGGCAACAGACAAUGAAGCUACCAAAAAAACAAAUGGAAGAUUUGACAUGUCCAGCAGACUCAAAGUCUCAAAAGAGAAAUGGAACAAAGCAGAAAACAUAUUUACCUGCAUAUAUUCUUUCUAUAAUGGAAGUGAAUAUUUGACUGAUUCAUCCAGCGUUAAUGGAAUUAAAGGUAGCGGAUUUGACCGAGAAACCCACAUAAAAUCAGCACAGAUGAUAAAGCUGGGAUAUGGUGUGUUUAUUGCUAAGAGUGGACUGUACGGCCUUAUCAUCUUGGUAUUUGUAUUAAGACAGGGUUCAACUGGCAAGUGAAUACACUGAAACUCAUGAAAUCACGGAUUGAAGAAGUUGCCAAGUGAACCACCAUCCAGUUACACUUGGAAAGGAAAUUUUCAACAUGCUGUAGCUCUGUUUCUCUCUCUUUCUUUCUCUUUCUGUUUGUGUGUUUUGAGGAUUUACCUUAAUGGAAGUGUGCUAAAUAUUACAUAGCAAAUUCAUUGUAAAAUCUCUGUUAUAAUUGUAUUAUUUUUUUUCUUUUCUUUUGCUAUUUAAAAGCUUUCCAUUUGUAUUAACUCACAUCAUAUUACCAUAACAGUCUAGUAGACUUGCUUACAGAGUUAUUAUGCCGAAUAUUUUUUCAUUGUAAAAUUUACUACGACUUUUUAUUUCUGAUUUUCUCAUUUCUGUUUUCUGAAUUUGUUUCAUAUAUAAAUAAAGAAAAUACAUAGCAUAUAAGAAAAUCCACAAA